AUGGUGGAUCGUAGAUCAUGUGCCCCCAGUCAAGUCAAAAGAAGAUUAGAGAAUGAAGAAAAUGGAUACAAUACCAGCAGCAGUAGUCUAUCAAAAAGGCCGUGUUCCUCCAGACAGCCUUUACAAGUCAUCAGUGAAUCCACAACCAAUCACAAUGAGCGAAUAUUACAAAUAUUAUCUCAACCAUUCAAAGUUCCCAUCCCGAACUACACUGGAGGUGCCAGGAGAGGGCUGGGCAUGAGGAGGUGUGGUCUAAAGACAGCCCUACAUGAUCCGUUUGAAGAGAAUGCUUUGGUACUCUAUAGCCCACGGGAGGUAUCGGCUCAGGAGCAACUGAAGACUGUCAGUUCUGAAGUUGAUGUUCACGUUGUUGUGGAUCCAGUAUUAUCUAAAGUAUUGAGGCCGCAUCAGAGAGAAGGCGUCAAGUUUAUGUGGGAUUGCGUAACAGGUCAGCGUAUCCAUGGCAACCACGGGUGCAUAAUGGCUGACGAGAUGGGCCUUGGUAAAACCCUCCAGUGUAUAACUUUAAUGUGGACACUACUGAAACAGAGUCCCAAAGGGACCCCUACCAUAGACAAGGCCAUUAUAGUGACACCCUCAAGUUUAGUAAAGAACUGGUACAAUGAGAUUGGUAAAUGGUUGAGCGGUCGACUCUCAGUGAUUGCCAUUGACUCAGGGACCAAGGAAGAGAUUGACAGGAAGUUGGGUCAGUACAUCACUCAACAUGGGAGGGUAGUGAGUCCAGUCCUGAUUAUAAGUUAUGAGACCUUCAGACUACAUGCUCCUAUACUUCACAGUGGGAGCACUGGACUCAUAAUCUGUGAUGAGGGUCAUCGGUUGAAGAACUGUGAGAACCAGACCUAUACAGCACUGACACAGUUAAAGACACAGUGUCGGGUCCUCCUGUCAGGAACUCCAAUACAGAAUGACCUCCUGGAGUAUUUCAGUUUAUUACAUUUUGUGAAUACAGGAAUACUGGGUAAGAUACAGCUACCCACCAGUCCCUACCAGUUCAUGGCUCUUCCUUAUAACGCACCACUA